ACCUCACAGUUCUCAAAGUAUUCAUUUCACACAGUUGUUCAAACCAAACCAGGCGUCUCACCCAUAUUUAUUCCAUUUGGCUUCAAAAAAAAUCAAAAAAAAGAAAGAUAGAAAACAACUCAAAAAGCAAACAACAAUAUACAAAACUACAAAACAGACAAAAAGUAUCAUUAUGAAUUAAUACAAAUGUUUUUAUUCUACAGUUACAUAAAAUUGGAUUUGAAUUCGGGAUCAAGUUUUACAUUUUUGGAUACAGACCAUGGCGCCGCGGUAUAAGGUGCGAGUGCUGGCGCAACCGCGACGCCUGGCCCCGAACAUAAUGCUCACCAUUGUCCAGAUCCUGGAGGAUGCACGCCAGCCCCUGAGAGAGGACGAGCUGGUGGGCACUCUGAGGCAACACUAUCAUCGUCUUGACCCGGAUUUCCAGCGUCAGGUGCGACUCAAUCUACGCGAUGGCAUCUCCUAUGGCAUCCUUAGACGAACCAAGGAUUUAAUUGAACUUCGUACACACAGACUUGGCGAGCUGAUGGCCACGUUAUCGCCAUAAUCUUUUCAUUAUACAGAGUUUUCAGUUUUUUUUUGUUUGUUAACGAUUAUGGGCGCAAACGCGGCCGCCUCGCAAGUGAUUUUUUUUAAAAGCCAAAUGGAUAUUACAAGGACAUAUUAAUUAUGGAAUACAUGCUAUGCUGCUGUCAUGUCAACCCCUCCUGUAUCGUGCAUAAAUAUUGUUAAUUUAUA